AUGUCAGAGGCCGCCACAAAUAAGUCUAGACCCGCUUCAACGAUCAGUGCGGGCGAUGAAAGUCUCGCUACAGGAGCGCAAUCAUCGCCUAGUAAGCGAACCCGACGCUCCCACGAGCCUUCGAUCUAUCAGUGUCGUAUAUGCCACCACUCAUAUGAGCGUGCGGAUAGACUUAGCCGCCAUUUGAAGUCCCAUGAAAAUGCACGGCGCUAUAUAUGCCACAUCUGCCAGAAAGGAUUCAACCGCGCGGAUCUGCUAGGUCGGCAUGUACUAACACACAAGCGGAAGAAAGCCAGUACAGGGUCGGAGUCGCUUAUCAACACACACAGAGCUGAAAGAACUUCGCAGGCCUGUUUCGCAUGUGCUACUGCCAAAGCCCGGUGUGAGGAGCAAAAGCCUUGUCAGCGCUGCCAAGCCAGAAAUAUCGAAUGCGAGAUACCCGGUCUUCCAACUCCUUCUCAAGAAAUUGAACAUGAUAAUUCCACGGAUGAUAAUGACCAGAGCUGUACAGCCCUUGGAUGGGCAGCAGGGUGCAACAGAGAAGAUUCUUCCGAGCAACAACCACAAGAGCGCCAGCAAUUCGACCCUUAUAUUACUCCCGAAGGGCAGCCAUCUGCGACAUUUACCAGUGAGCUUAGUGUUGGAUAUAGUGACUCUCAGGCACAGUCGAACGAUUCUACUUUCGUAUAUCCGUUUUCGGCUACAAUAGAUCCUUACAAUAUGCACAUACCACCAUUUUACGACAGUCAAUUCAUAUACGAAUCAGCAUUUGACGAUGUUAUAUUUACCCCGAACGUUCCACACUUCAAUUACCAGAAUAUGGAUUUGAGCUUUCACGGGCUAGCUUUUUCAAACCAGUUGUAUAACCCAUUUCAAUCACUUCAAUCGCGCACAAACGACCAAGCUGCCACAAUAGAACUUUCAGAGCGACCACGAUCUCGACCUACUAGGGAUGUACGAGCCGGUCGCGAAGCCUUCGCCCGGUCGCCGUGGUUAUUCACCCCGGCAUUGAGGGAUUACGUCUUUCGUGAUGCUGAGGAUCUAACACUUGACGAAAACAACAUUUCUUCAGCGCUUUCAGCGUUUUGGAACCUCACACCGGACACUCUUUGUAGCGAACUCCCGAUCUUCAACACUACAAAGCGCGAUGACAUGCAUUACCUUCUUUCAACUAUGAACACGUACACCCGGCGUAUCCCUCGGUUCCCUUCUAUUGAUAUUAUAAACAGCCUUGCCCAAGCAUUUCUAACAAGACAUGUGUCUCGGAUAGACAGCUGGCUACAUAUAUCAAUGCUAAGAUCACCCGAGACUCUUUCUGAGCUAAAUUUGGCACUAAUAAUGGGCGGCUCGACUGUGAUAUCAAUUUCCUCCAUGUGCAAGCUAGGUCAUGUGCUUCAAGAUGUGGUCCGGGUCAAAUUGGGUGAAUUAUGUGAAAGACAGAACAGCGCUGUACGUAAACUGCAACCUUUGCAGGCAUGGAUGCUUCUUCUGGACGCAGGUCUGUGGAGUGGGUUCCAGAGACAGAUGGAGCUUUCGGAAGGCUUCGAGAAAACUGUUGUUACAAUGGUGCGUCGAGGUGGAAUGUUCGGAGCUUCGACAGAUGCCCAAUCUCUGAUUCCUCUCGAAUCUGACGAGGGGCUGGUUCUGGAGAAUAAAUGGAAGAAAUGGUUACAACGAGAAUCUUUCAAAAGACUAUGCAUUCACUUAUUUAUGCACGAUACUCAAGCCUCAAUCGCCCUCCACAAAUGUCCUAUUAUUUCCGCCACAGAAAUCAAAUUUUCACUACCAGUUCCUCGCAUUCUGUAUCAAGCGCGAUCCGCCACAGAGUGGAAAUCCUGUUUCUACGAUCAGAAAUUAUCAAAGCCAGAACCAGCCUUAAAAUUGGUCGAUAUCGCGCGUGACCCAGGUUUGUUAGAGGAUCUCGGCACCGGUGUAGAUGUACCUUUCUGUUGCAUGGCUGCAAUCCACGCAUUCUGGGGUCAGAUAUGGGCCUUUAGAGAAGCUUGGAAGUUUCACUCUGUUGGUGAUGUCAAGACUUCGGUACAUCAUUUGUGGCUCGUGACGCAGCAGCGCGAAUUAUAUCAACAGAUGCAAACAUUUCGCACAAAUUUACUCCGCACACAAGGCACACAAGCUGAACUGCUGAUUACAAUCGAGCUUUUUCUGAUGAUCUUACACGUUUCUACCGAUGAACUCGAGUGUUUUGCGGGGAAACACGGUGAAGAGGCAGCAUCUCAAGCUAUUACUAGCCUAGAGCGUUGGUCUGGUACUGAGCAAUCCAGAAGAGCAGUAUGGCACGCUGGGCAGGUCUUUCGCUGGGCUACAUUGCUGAACCCUACCGACCUCCGUGACUUCUACGCUGUUGCUGUUUAUCAUGCGGGGCUUUUGCUUUGGGUCUAUGGACAUUUAUCAAUAUCCAACAAUAGCACCUCAAAUAAGGCUAGUAAACAGUCUCCAACAGGGCUGGAUCUACUCAAUGAGAGCAUGACCACGCUUGUCAUUAACGGCGAGGAGACAGAUGCCACAACAGCAUAUAUUACUGGCCGACCGACAACCCCAAUUCUAUCGCACGUCUGGAAACCGGUAAGCGCGUUCGAGAACCCCGGGGUAAGUAUGAUGAAGUUCAUUCCAUUAGAAGACCCGAAUGCGAUUCUCAAGAUGGCCCGGGAGUUGUACCAAAACAAUUUCCCCGUGGAAAGCAAGAUAUUACCACCUCUAGUCAAUAACUUGGGUAAGUUGAUGAGGGAUCUUGCUGAAAUGUCAGAGAAGCGGUUUUCAAGAUGUGCGAGUCCAACAGGUCGUGUUAGGACAGCUGGAGAGUGA